AUGUCGUUUGAUAUUAAUCGAUCUCGACACGGAGAUCAUGGUCCGCCGGGCGACCGGGAACACCGAGGUGGAAAGCAUAGGCACGACAAGCAGCCGCACGAACACCAACAGCAAAACAACAACCAACCUGAUAAGCAUAUUGAGCAUCACGGGAAACACUCGGAAGGACAUGACCGGAAGAAGCAACAUGACAGCAGCGGCCGUGCCCAAGAGAAUAAUCAUCACGCACCCAUGUCACCACCUCCUUUGGAAAAUCAUGGCGCACCGGUGAUUGAAGACAAAAACGCACCUAUACAUGAACAACGAUUGGAAAAGCCUCCUUCUCCUCAAGAUCAAAAUCCUCCUCAAGUCGGAGAUCGAGAUCGGGUGCUGCAUGACGGGGCAUCCAAGGAUCCUUCCGCAGAACAGCUGUUGUCUAGGCCUCCACUGAUUCCCGAAAGUGUUAUGUCUUUGGUUCCCACAUCGGUAGCCGCCGUUUCGAAUCCUGCAUCCGAAUCCGCAGCUACCACGACUUUAUCGUUGGUGACUUCGGAACCGGAUCCGGCUUCGAUGAAUAAGCUUCCAAUGGCCGCGGCUUCACUGAAUCCUCCUCCGGUGGCAACCACAGCUCCAGCUGCUAUCCCACCGCCUGGUCCACCUCCACCUGGCGCUGCUCCGCCUGGUCCACCUUCUGGGCAAACGCCUCCACAGUUGCCACCGCAACAACCGCGGCCUCAACCGAAUCCAAAUGCCCAACACGGCACCGUCCCUGUUCUCUAUCCUCCAAGGCAACCCAAUGUGGCCGCUCAACCGCCAGAACCACAAAAGUCGUUGAAUUUGCCACCUGGAAGCGAUCUGGGAAAAUUGGGCCAAAUUGGUGUGUUCCAAGCCGGGGCUACAACCUCGGCUCAAAUCGAUUACAUCUUUCUGUGCUUUAUACUUUUAACGACGAUGUUUCUCGUUAGAGGACGUCACCAUGGUAUUUGA